CGGGAGGGGGAGGAGUCGCGGCGGGAUGGCGGCGGCGCGGAGGCUGAGCGAGGGCUCCAUCGAGGCCAUGCUGCUGCAGGCGGAGCCGGUGGAGAGGCCGGUGCUGCAGCUGAUCACCAUCCGCCCCAUCUCUACGGGAAACGGGCCCCCUCGCUACCGGAUGCUGAUGAGCGAUGGCGUCAACACCCUUUCCUCUUUUAUGCUAGCCACACAGCUGAACCCUCUGGUGGACGACCAGAGCUUGACCGCCAAUGCCAUUUGCCAGAUUAACCGCUUCAUUGUGAACACUCUGAAGGAUGGAAGGCGAGUGGUGGUCCUGAUGGAAAUGGAGGUUCUGCAGCCGGGCCAUGCCGUCCCUGCCAAGAUUGGAAAUCCGGUGCCCUACACUGAAGGUAAAGCCCCUUCCCCAGCGGGCCCCUUGGCAGCUGCCCUCUGGCCUUGCCUUUCGACCUGGCUUAAUCGCGGCCGCUUUCCUGCUGCUGCUGCUCCUGUCUUUUCUGUUGAUGCUCUUGGGUGA